CAAUUGUGCACGUGUGUGGGACUGUGGGGGAAAAUGGCCAAGCGGCAAUACGAGUCCUUGUUGCUAUUCACACUGGGUGCAUACGGAGACCAGAGUGGUGGUGGUGGUGGAGGAGAGGAUAAGGAGGUAUGCCUGCUAGCCUGGCAGGUACUAGAUAUAGCCAACAUGCAGUUAGCUAGUGAUGUUGGUCAGUUGGUUGUGUGUCCCGAUAGUUCGGGGUCUGGUUACACGAGUAAGGGACAGAACAGUGAAGACGGUAUCCCUUUAUCAACUGCUCUUGAGAAAAUUGAAGCUGUAUUUUCAGAGCAGUCUAAUUGCUGUCUUGCUACUAACGGGUCAAUUGCAUUACGUCAGAUUCUAGUGCCAGAGAUAAAUAGGAAACUCCAGGAGCCUCUUCCCUCUUUUCUCUCUCAGUUCUUUGACCUACAGAAAGAGCUAGCCAAGAGAUCAAACAACGAGUUCCAACCUCACAACCUUGUGGAGCUUUGUGAAUGUCUUGGAGUUGAUUGCCCUCCCAAUGAUGUGUCAGGUGCUGAAGAGAUUCCAAUAAUGGCUAAAGCAGCUCAGAAGAUGCUAGUACAAGGUCAUGUUUUUGAGUCGCCCGAGACAGUUCAGCAAAGUUAUUCUCAUACCAAUCAAGUCAAUCCUGAUAAUGUGUGUGAUGGUUGUGUUGUGAGGCUGAGGGGUCUCCCUUUCUCUGCUGAUCAUAAUGACAUUGCUUUAUUCUUGUCUGGACUCAAUAUCAUCCCUGGUGGAGUGGUUUUUAGUAUUAAUCCUGUCGGAAGGAGAACUGGUGAAGCCAUUGUUGUCCUUGAGGGUGAGGAUCAGGCACAAUUUGCCCUUCAAAGGGACAGACAUUACCUACACCAAAGAUACGUUGAGGUUUAUGAAGCCAGCCCUGAUAAUUUCUUUCAAUUCUGUGAUACCACUGGAUCCAGUGAGAAGGUAUUCACAGUUCGUAUGCAAGGAUUACCUUAUAGAGCUACCGAGUCUGACAUUAUGGAGUUCUUUCAACCAGAGGCUCCGGUCAGUAAUGAAGCUGACGGUAUAUUAAUUGUUCGUUAUCCUGAUGGUAAAGCUUCUGGUGAUGCUUUUGCUGUCUUCUCAUCCGAGGCUCACGUGGAGGAGGCUCUCAAGAAACACCGCAACAACUUAAUGGGCAGAUACAUUGAAGUGUUUCAUAGCUCACUCAAGGAAUUCUUAGUGGUUCUGAAUAAGUCAGGGACUCCAGAGCAACUUGACAGGUUUGCUUACCUCAAUACCGAGUCUGGAGGAGGAGGAGGAGGUGGUAGGGGAGGAGGAGGAGGAGGGAGUGGUGGUGCAUCAAAGAGAGGAGGAUCAGAAAAGAACUGUGUUAAACUGAGAGGACUCCCUUGGGAAGCAACACCUGAAGACGUCAUCAGUUUCUUUGGCGACUUGAACAGAAGCAUUGAGCAGCAGGGAAUUCACAUGGUGUUGAAUGCUCAGAGUCGUCCAACUGGUGAUUGUUUUGUUCAAAUGACAUCAGUGGAUGCAGCUACCAGAGCUGCCAACGAACUGCAUAGGCAAAACAUUGGUCGUCGCUACAUUGAAGUUUUUCAAGUUUCUGGUAAUGACGUGACGUAUGCUUUAAUGGAUACCGGAGGUGGUAGCCGCCCUGGUGGUGGCCACGCCUAUUAUGGAGGAGGUGGAGGAAAUAAAAGAAAGAAGGUUUCAAGUGCCGUCGUCAAAGCACGUGGACUACCUUUUAAUACUAAAGAGUAUGACCUUGUGGACUUCUUUGCUGAUUUCAAUGUUGAUGAGAGUGAUAUUGAACUCAUAUACAAUCAUAAUGGUAGAUCAACUGGGGUUGCUUACAUCAACUUCCAAUCUCUUAAUGAUGCCCGUCAAGCCGUCAGGGACCUCAAUCAUAAAUACAUUGGCCAUCGUUAUAUAGAGCUCUCCCUCAAUCAAUAGUGCCCUCUUCCAUUCCCCUCCUACAGCAGCUGCACUGUAACUCUACUAGUUAUGUUUUUAUGUUUUUUUUUGUCUUGAGAUUCCCCCCCCCCUUCUUUAUCCUUGUGGAUAAUUAUUGUUUUGUAAUUUUUAGGUUGUAAAGAAUUAUUAAAUUAUUAUUAAUAUUAUUCUUAUUUCUAAAAAUGCAGUUCUAUUGAAAGUAUUAAUUAUUAUUUCUUCUCUUAAAAUAAAAAAUUAAUUAUGCUAACUUGAGAAAU